UAUUCCCAUCACACUCACCGCUACCUACCCCAUCUGUGUGGGAAUAGCUGGCCAGGUCCCCGGCAUCUGCAAACCUACCAGGCACCUGUGCGCGCCUAGUCCGACUCACAGUCAUCCCCGGACUGAGCAACGGGCUCUUUCUCCCCCUUUAUCUUUCUCCUUCAUAGCGGUGCAGCUUGGAGACAAGGGGUCUAGAGAGGAGUGAGGGAGGACAGGCAAAGGCGCUGGAGGUGAACCGGGGGAAGAGGACCAGCUGGACGGGGCGGGGUCUCAGCAGCCUCCUCCCACGGCGGGACUAGGGGGACUUGCGGGCCACCGGUCUCCACCUGUUGCAUUUCAAUGCGCGUGGGCAGAGGAGGAGUUGCAGAAGGGAGAAGGUGGGAUCUGCUGCUCGGUAACUGAGCCAAGGGGGUUCUUGGCAAGGAUCUGGAGGUGGGGGAGUCUGGGCAGCCUAGAGGGAUCAGUCCCCGACGGGGCGGCCUCGGAAGAGAGGAAGAUCCGCGGCUCAGCUGCUUCUUCCAGCCGCUUGGAGUGCACCCAGGGACCGGAGAAAGAAGCCCGGAGCACUGUGGUAGCAGAAGCCCCUCGAGUCUCUGGGCCAUGGAAGAGAGAUCGGAUAGCUCCAGUCCAUUAUUUCUACUGGUGCAGAGAGUUCCACAAAUCUGAGAACUGAGCGAAGAAAAAGUCAAUUGGGAUUCUGUGGUGCUGAAAGAAUGGUUGAAUCCAUUGAGAUCCUAUGCAAGGAACAUCAGAAACUGGAGUCAUAAAUGCUGGAAGGGAGUUUAGAGCCCAGACCAACCAGUUAUUAUACAGAAGAUACUGCUGGGUAAGAAUUUCAAGUCUGGGAGGAAAGAGUGAGCCUAAACUUUAGCCUGCGGAGGAUGAGACUUUUGGAGAUUCAAGAGGGUUGAGGUUUCUCUUUGUCCACUCGGAAACAAGAAUCUCCUCCCUAGCCCUUGUCACUAAGAACCAAAAAUAUUGAGAACAGUGAAACUGGGGAGGAGAGAGAAGGAGGAUCUGAAACUGGGCAGCAAGGAACAAACCAGCUUGGGGAGGAGGCAAUAAAUAGCCAAGAACUGCAUGCAGCAUGUAGGUCUUUGGAAGACAUCUGGUGGGGUAAGAAGAAGGUCAGGACUACCGCUGUCUUUUCCCCUAAGAUACAAAGGCACCCUCAAACUGUAGAACUAAGCCACCGAUCUGAGGGAAACCCCCCAUAUUUCUUUGAAAGUGACUACUAUGGGUAGUGCCAGGAAUCCCCGUUGUGACCAAGAUCAUUGUAAGGGGUCCCAUCAUCUCACACUAUAAAAACAAAUCCUUUCCAAUCAUUUGGCUGCCCAUCCUUUCUGUGCCAGUUAUCUCCCUCCCCAGCCCCUUCCUGAUACCACAGUGGGUUGGAGAGGACCAGGUUGGACAUCAUUUCCUUAGGGACCUUGCCAGCCAUGGGAUGUCAAGGGUGCUGCUGCUGUUGGAGUGCUGGGCACCUGAACCAAGACAAUGCCAGGUUCUUGCUCCUGGCUGCCUUGAUUGUCCUGUACAUGGUGUGUGGGGCAGCUGUCUUCUCAGCAAUUGAGAGAGCUCAGGAGUGCAGGGCAAAGGAGCAGUGGGAGGAGAAGUUACUAAACUUUAGCCUCAACCAUAAUCUGAGCCUGGAUGAGAUUCGAGGUUUUCUCCGGGAAUAUGAGGAGGCCACAGCUGCUGGAAUCCGAAUCGGUGACAGCCGGCCUCGGUGGGACUUUACUGGUGCUUUCUAUUUUGUAGGCACUGUGGUGUCCACCAUAGGUUUUGGCAUGACAACACCAGCAACUGUUGGAGGCAAAGUUUUUCUGAUAUUUUAUGGUCUUAUUGGAUGUGCAGGUACCAUCUUAUUCUUCAACCUCUUCUUAGAACGUCUGAUUACAGUCAUUGCCUACAUCAUGAAGUCAUGCCAUGAGAGGCAGCUCCGAAAGAAGGGGAUCCUGCAGUCUGAUAACCAAAGAAGCUCUGGGACCUCAGAGGCUGACAGCAUGGUGGGAUGGAAGCCCUCUGUGUAUUAUGUCAUGCUUAUCCUGUGCAUGGCAUCCCUCAUCAUCUCCUGUUGUGCCUCUGCCAUGUACACACCCAUUGAAGGUUGGAGCUACUUUGAUUCUCUUUAUUUCUGUUUUGUGGCAUUUAGCACCAUUGGCUUUGGUGACCUUGUCAGUAGCCAGAAUGCCCAGUAUGAGAGCCAAGGACUCUAUCGCUUUGGCAAUUUUAUCUUCAUCCUCAUGGGCGUCUGCUGCAUUUAUUCCUUGUUCAACGUGAUCUCCAUCCUCAUCAAGCAGUCUGUCAACUGGAUUUUGAAGAAAAUGGAAUGCCAGUGUUGCCAGUGCCAAAGAAAGGCCUUACUCUUACGGAGAAAUGUGGUCACUCCCAGCAAUGUGCGGAGUGGACAAGAAAUCUCUAUUGAGACAGAUGGUGUGAUUGAGAGUGAAACAGAUGGACGUCGCCUCUCAGGAGAGAUGAUCUCCAUGAAGGACUUCUUAGCCUCCAACAAAGUCUCACUAGCCAUACUGCAGAAGCAAUUGUCAGAAACAGCCAAUGGAUGUCCUCGACAAGCCAGCAUGUCAGCUCGACACAAAGGAUUCUCGGGAGGGGUGGGGGCCCUGGCAAUCAUGAACAACAGACUGGCAGAAACAAGUGGGGACAGAUAAGAGAGAAACUCUGGACACUGAAAGCUAAGCAGAGUGGGAAAGACAGAAGUUUUCAUCAAAGAAGCCAAGGGAACUCUGCCCUAGAGGCCUUUGGCAAGAGCUCCUUAACACUGCCUACACUUUGGCAUCAUCUAAAGUCUUUGACCCUUGACAGAACCUUGUUUCCCCAAAAGUCUGCCUUCUGAUGGACCUGUAUUGAAUGAGAUACCAUCAUAUUUCUGCCAUCUUUUCCCCCUAUAUAUUCCUUAAAUCUGGGACUAGCUCUAAAAACUAAUCACAGAAGCAUCACAGAGAAGGUUUAAUUCUCUUCUUCUGGGUCAGAUAAUGCCUUAAAAUUGCCUUAUAUUUGUAAAAUGCUUUACACUUUGUAAAAUGAGUUCCAUUUACAGUAUCCCAGUUGCUCUUCACAAAUGGGUAGCCUUCUGAGGUGUGCAGGGCAAGAAUUAUUGUCCUUGCUGUGAAAAAAUAGGUGAGGAAAUCAGCUCAAAAGCCAAGCUUACAGGACAGUUAGAAGCAGUAGAAGUGGGCCUACAGUCCUGGACCCAGGUUAGCUCUCCUGUGCUUUGUUAAAUGUCAUAUAGAAUAGUCCAGUUCAGUUGAUGAGGAGGAGAGGAAAGGGAUGAUCAUAAAUUUUAAGGCUUAAUUUCUUGCUACUAAUUAUUCCUCAGAUGGAAGGAGGACCUUGAUUCUUGCUUUGUGACUUUAAGAGUUACUGACCUGUUAGCAAAUGUCCAUCUACACCAUUUCUACGAACCCACUGGCUGAUCUCCAGUCCUUCUUGCCUCCAUCCCCAGACUUCUCACACUCUGCUUUGAAAGGGAAUUGUUGCUACUCAGAGUUAGGAGCUCAGGGAGUAGCAUUUACAAGUCCAGAAGGAAAAAAAAACAAACAUAUUUAUUUCAUAUACAUGGAUUCUGGUGGUUUUUUAAUGGUGUUUUUUCCUUUACGGUUGCUAGCUGACUGAGUGAGAAUUGGCCAGGCAGACAGAGUCCAUUUCAAGCCUUUGUAAUGAAAUGAGAAAAACACUCCUC